AUGGCCAAAGGCUCCAGCUCCAGCACCUCCUUGGUCGAAGAGCAUAAUCAGAUCAAACAAUGGAGACCUACGAAUAGCUUCUACUUGUCGUUUGCAUCUUUGUUCUUCGUGGUCCUAGCGGCUACAAUCAGUGCAACGUCAAUGAGUGUCGCUUUAACGGACCUUGCAAAACACUUGAAGCUGACUGACUCUGAUGCUUUCCUCGUGGGAAGCCUAACAUCUAUCACGGCAACCGUCAUUCAGCCUAGUUGCGCAUCAUGGGCUAACGCGUUUGGUCGACGAGAAUCGUUGGCCGGAGGACUGGCCUUUCUCCUCGUUGGGUCUAUACUCGGCGCUGUGGCCAGUGAUGCUCCACUGCUGUUUGUCGCGCGCAGUUUACAAGGCAUUGGGGAGGGGGGUUCCGUUGGAAUCAUUGAGAUCAUGGUCACCGAGAUGGUGCCCCUGAGGUUGCGGGGCAAGUGGCUGGCCUGGAUCUGCGUUGCCUCCGCUAUUGGGACGGUGUCAGGACCAUUGCUGGGCGGACUCCUCUCACAGGUCAAUGAUUGGUCUUGGAGGAUGAUAUUUGUGCUCAAUGCUGGUAUGACUAUUUUGUCGCUACUCCUGACAUAUACUGCAAUCAAUCCAAAGCCGCGUCAAGGAGACAUCCUCAAAAAUCUUCGAGAUUCAGACUGGGCUGGUCUAUGCAUAUUUUGCACAGCUAUUCUCCUGAUACUCGUUCCUCUCACACAGGGAGGUUCCCUUUAUUCAUGGACAGAUAGAAGGACUAUCAUUCCGCUUUGUUUCGGUUCAGUAUCGCUCGUUGCAUUUAUCCUUUACGAAAUGUUUGUGCCUGCGAACCCCAUGAUUCCCCCCGAGCUGUUCCGGAACCUGUCGUGUGUUGCAACUUUCAUAGCCUGCUUGGUACACGGCCUUGUCCUCUGGUGUCUGCUCUACUACUUACCAAUCUACUAUGAGGGGGUGAAGGGCUAUUCGUCCAUACAGACGGGCGUGGCUGUGCUACCGGAAACGAUGACCAUUUCUUUGGGAUCUAUUGUGUCCGGCGUUUCAAUCAGCCACACUGGGAGGUACCGCUGGGCUAUCUGGAGUGCUUGGGUUGCAACCACAGUUUCGGUUGGCACGCUGUAUUUCCUCGGCGUGAACUCCCCCGCUGGACAGUGGGUUCCUCAGAAUCUCUUGGUCGGCUUUGGGCUGGGCAUGAUCUUUGGAGCCAUGGGUUUCGCCGUUCAAGCAGCGGUUUCACAUGACUUGCUUGCGAUCGCCGUCACUCUCACCAUCUUCUUUCGCUCUUUGGGGACGGCUUUGGGAGUGCCCAUUGGGGGUGUUAUUUUUACGAACGAACUCAAGACCGAGUUACUGAUUCAACUUCCCAGCAACGCGACAGAUAAGUUUUUCCAGCCAUCUUUCAGCUUGGUUCUGGUCGCACAACUCCGCAACAUGAACGACUCAUCCACCAAAAGUGCCAUCAUCGCUGCCGUGUCCUCCGCAGUUGGCAAGCUUUGGAUCUAUAUGUCGGCCCUGUGCGGGGCGGCCUUGCUUGUGACUUUGGGUAUCAAGCAUUUCAGCUUGGACGUCGACUUACCAUCAGAGAAAGAUCCGCUGCCUCGUGUCGACGAUAAUGGCCUUACUGAUGACGAUGACGAUGGAAGCAUAAUAUUGAUACAAAUGAUCUAG